GCUGCCCUGCACACCACAUCGACUGUCGCUGCGACACGUGAUCCGACCCGCGACCACCGCAAUGGCACCCAAAAGCCCCGCCCGCAAGAACACGGCGCGUCCGUCGCGUGGAGGGCGAGCAAGCACCGGCUCGCGGAGGGAAUCUGGCAAACGAGUCGGCCAGCCCGGCCCCGCGCCAGAACGCAAGAAGUCGCGUUAUAAGCCCGGCACCGUCGCCCUGCGCGAGAUCAAAAGAUACCAAAAGUCGACCGACUUGCUGCUGCUGAAGCUGCCCUUUCAGCGUCUGGUGCGAGAGAUUGCGCAAACCGUCACCGACGACGAUGGCGCGACGAGAUGGCAGAGUCAGGCUAUCAUGGCUCUGCAGGAAGCAACCGAGGCUUUCCUCGUCAACCUCUUCCACGACGCAAAUCUCUGUGCUAUCCACGCCAAGCGCGUUACUAUUCAGCAAAAGGACAUACAACUCGCACGCCGUCUGCGCGCAGCGUGGGGCAACCCUGUUUGAGCAAGAGCGCCAUGUUGCUGGCAGAUACCCUUUGUUCGAAUCUUGUGGCAUGUGGGGAUGAGCAGUUCGUGUGCAGACUAGGACCGUGUUUUGGGGACAGACAAGUCACUCGGCGUUUUGAGGCGCUGCGCUUCGUCUUGGUAGAGAUAAAUCUGGAUGUUUUUUUGUCAUUGAUUUGUAACUGUAGCAUGAAUUCGAUAUAGGUAGUUUUAUAAAUUCAAACCACCUCGCAG